AUGCGCGAACUUUCAGAUUUUGUCGUAGUAAAUGCCACAAGAAUGUACGUUCAUCCAGCCUAUUCAUCCUAUGAUGCAGAACGGUCGAGACCUCAAUCUCAAACUCACAACUUUUUCUCAAUUCUCUCCGCCGCCAGACCUAAACUGACACUUCUUCUAAAGCGCAUGGAGGGUAAUGUCGCCAGACAAAGAGAAGCCAACAGAAAAUUGGUUGCCGAGAACGAACACUUAUUGCCAAAGAUGCGUGGAAGUGAGAAGAAAAGACUUGAGGAGUUGGGAGAAGAAGUUCAUGAGUUGGAUUUGGAGAGAGAGCAAAGAAGUGUAUUUGGAAAGCAAAAGAUCAGGCUCAGGGAGUUGGUUGAUGGUGGUGUGGAAGAGGCUGAUGAUAUGGAGAUGGAUGAUUAA